AUGGAAGCAGCCAACAACAGUGUUACAGACAUACAAUUACAUAGCAAUAACAUAAGUGAAUCAAAUAUCUCACAUCAUAUACCAUCGUGGACUAGCGGAAUAGGUUCGAGUCUGGAGAGCUCAACUGUAAGUCGUAUACUCAAUGUUGUAAAGAAAAGAAUAUCCUAUACAAAUUAUUCUUUCACAAUGUUCGGUGCAACUCUGAUAAUCUUAGGGUUUAUGCUUGCACUGAUGGCCGUGGUUAUAACUUGUAUAAACUCCUGCUGGAAAAAAAGAAAAGCAUCUACGAGAAAGCACUCAGCAGAAAAAACAUAG